UCCAGAGGCAGUUGGAUUUUUGUCAGCUGUUGGGGUGUUUAUUGUCUUGAUGCUGCUCCUUUUUCUCUAUAUUAAUAAGAAGUUCUGUUUUGAAAAUGUUGGCGGGUUUCCAGAUCUUGGUUCAGAUUACAGUUCAAGGAAGAAUUCACAAGAUAAAAUUUAUAAUUCCUACAUGGACAAAGAUGAGCAUGGCUCAUCCUCUGAAAGUGAAGAUGAAGCACUGGGUAAAUAUCAUGAGGCCUUAUCCAGGACACACAAUUCCAGACUACAGCUGGCAGAUUCUAGACAAAAGAACUAUUCUUGGGAGACAAGACAAAAAUACAGCCCUCUGUCUGCAGAGUAUGAUGGAUACAGUAGUGAAGCAUCAAUAGAUGAAGGAAACUGCAUUCAGAGAAUGAGAAGAACACCCCCACUGGAUGAAUUACAGCCACCACCGUAUCAGGAUGACAGUGGUUCUCCCCACCUCUCAUGUACACCCUCAGAAAUUGGGGACACUAAAUGUGAAUAUUCCCACUGCAGCAACAGUCCAAGAUGCUCCUAUAACAAGUGCCCAAGUGAAGGAAGCACAGGCCGUGAAGUAGAAAGUUUUCAUAACAAAGGCUAUGAAGAAGAUGUUCCAAGUGACAGCACUGCAGUCCUGAGCCCUGAAGAUAUAUCGGCGCAAGGAUCAUCUUCACAGCUCCCCAAACCUUUUGAUCCUGAGCCAGAAGCUAAGUAUGGCACACUGGAUGUGACUUUUGACUAUGACUCACAAGAACAGAAGCUUCUGGUAACAGUGACAGCUGUCACAGACAUCCCAACAUAUAACAGGACAGGUGGCAACUCAUGGCAAGUACACCUUGUUCUUCUACCUAUAAAGAAGCAGAGAGCAAAAACCAGCAUCCAGAGAGGACCAUGCCCCGUCUUCACAGAAACUUUCAAAUUUAAUCAUGUUGAAUCCGAGAUGAUUGGAAAUUACGCAGUUCGGUUUAGACUGUAUGGUGUACAUCGUAUGAAAAAAGAAAAAAUUGUGGGGGAAAAGAUUUUUUAUUUAACCAAAUUGAAUCUUCAAGGGAAAAUGUCAUUACCUGUGAUAUUGGAACCUUCUUACAAUCAUUCUGGCUGUGACUCCCAGAUGAGCAUGUCAGAAAUGUCAUGUAGUGGAAGUACCUCCUCAUGUCAGUCUCUUGAACAUGGCUCAGUUCCAGAAAUUCUCAUUGGCCUGCUUUAUAAUGCCACAACUGGAAGACUAUCGGCAGAAGUGAUAAAAGGCAGCCACUUCAGAAAUUUGGCAGCAAACAGACCACCCAAUACCUAUGUUAAGUUAACACUGCUGAAUUCCAUGGGCCAGGAGAUGUCCAAAUGCAAGACAUCCAUCCGCAGAGGGCAACCAAAUCCAGUGUACAAGGAAACCUUUGUUUUUCAAGUGGCCCUAUUUCAGCUUUCUGAUGUGACACUCAUACUGUCUGUGUAUAACAAACGCAGCAUGAAAAGAAAAGAGAUGAUAGGCUGGAUUUCUUUAGGUCUGAACAGCUCUGGAGAAGAGGAACUCAAUCACUGGACUGAAAUGAAAGAGUCCAAAGGACAGCAAGUCUGUAGAUGGCAUGCCUUGUUAGAGUCAUGAUGAAUGAGUAGAAUCAAGAAGCAAUCUCAAUCCAGGGCAGCACUAAUUCUGAUUACAGCAUCACUGUUUUUCUCUAGCUACCAUUUGAAGAUCUGUUCUUUGAAGAAUCAUAUUCAACAUUCUACCACAAUGCUUUAAAUUUCAUGGAAAGAACAUCAAAUGUUUACAUACACGAAGAAAAAAUGUGUCUCUGAGAGAGCUUGUUUGGGGAAAAUGAGAAAGUUUUUUCAUUUUAUCAUUACUGUUAAAUUAAUAAUCCUUCACCGGUUUAAUAACAUGCUUUUGGGUAGCAGUUUAUGUUAUCAAAAGAGCCAGUAAUUUCAUUAAAAAUUGCAAUUAUGAGUGUAUUUUUUAAAUCAUAUUUUUAGUUGCAACUCUAGUACCACUCUGUCUCCCAUAAAACAUGUUUUGUCUGACCAGUCUUUGAUAUUUAGAAAUCUUUAAUAUAAAAAAAAAAGUAAUUCUCCAAUUCUAUGCCAGGUCUCACAUGAGGGAGAAUCUCAAACACAUAGAAAAUUGCUUUAUUUCGGGUAUUUCCUCGCUGUGCUCUUAGUGUCAUUGUGCCUCAGUUCUUCACAACAGCACUAGAUCUAAGUGCAAGCAAGUACUCAUUUUCACAAAAGUUUUUUUAACAUGUUAUAAAAAAAAUUCUUUCUUCAUUUGCCUCUGCUUUUGCCUGAUCCAAAGGGACCAAGUCACUGCACUGAUCCCUUGCGAGUCUUUUAGACAGGUUGUACUGUAGAACUAUGUAACUUUCUGUGGAAAGCACUUCCUGUAUUCUCGUAUUCCAAUGUAGGAAGCUAAUAGAGCAAGACUUUACAAUCACUUUCGACAAUGAACUCUUUAAAAUUGUGGUAAUGUGAAAAAUACGUUUUGGAGUUUUUUUAUAAACUGUAACAUACGGUAGCUAAGCUGCUGAAAAUUGAAAACAAUUCAAGUUAAAGAGAAUUUUCAUUAUCUACUCUGACUAUUUUAGUAACCAGCUCUCUAUCCAGCAGGUAGCAUUCAAAAUAAACCGUUCUCUCUUGAAAUCGUCAGUCUUACUCAGACAAUUGACAUUUGUGAUCUAAGGACUCACCUGUGCUCAGCGUGAAUCAGAACAUCAUGGUAGAUACAGUAGUGAGAGUCCUUCUGAAACCUAGUGACUUGUGACUAUAGUUUAUGAAAUUUACAGGUACGUUCUUCACCGUGAUGUCAUCCUGUGCCUUUCACGUAAGUUAUAUUUGCUCAUACAGCUUGAAAGUUGUAUUUGCAAAAUUAGGCCUUCAAUUUUUAUAAAUGUCAAGAUUCCUCAG